AGUCUUGCUGUUACUGCGUCUGCACCAACAGCUCCAGGGAAAGAUGAGAUUUGUCCUCUUAUGCCUCUCAUUUGUCCGCUUUUCACACCUUUGGGGAAACCCAAUGUCUCUGGAAGGUAACUACAGCCUGGAGUGUUUGAACGAUUAUCUCUUUACCAUCACCUGUGUGCUAAAUGUGUCCUCUAAUCUGUUGCCCCACGGCGCCACCUCCUGGCUGGAGUUCAACGACUACAGGGAGCCCUAUCAGUGUGUGUUAAAAGUGCAAGCACACUCGUGGGUGUGUGAGCUGGAUUUGACUCCGCUGGUUGAGUACACGUUCACCGACACAGACUUCUUCCAGAUUUCUCUGAACUCCAGUUACCAUGGCAACAGCAGCUCGGCAGUACUGGAGGUGCUCUAUAGACCAGUUAAACACAUUCGUCCCGUUCCUCCCUCAAAUCUGUCAUAUCUAGGGAAGACUGAUCGUGUUGUUUUUCAUUGGCUGAGUGGAUACCAGGAAAACACAUCGUUCGUACAAAACCUCCAGUAUGAGCUCAGCAUACAUGGUGAUGGCAAGGUCACUGAUGUCCAUCCAGUGGACACACACGUGGUUGUGGACAUGUCUAUUUUUGUGCCUCACAGAAGUUAUAUGGCCCGUGUGCGCUCAGUGCCCAACCAGAUGCAUUACAGAGGAGUUUGGAGUCAUUGGGGGCCUGCUGUACACUGGACAACUGGGGCCAACUCCAAAGGAGAAACUCCAGGCUCGUCUUUCUCCAGCAUUUGGUUCGCUGUGUUCUGUCUACUGCCAGUAUUAUUCCUACUGCUGUCCUACAUCCCGUACUACAGAUGGAAGAAGCAAGUAUUGAUCCCAAGUCCCACUCCAUAUAUCAGAGAUUUCAAAAGAUGUGCGGUGCCGUUGAGGAUUGUGGGUGAGCUGCUGCAGGGGGAGGAGUCUCUAAAGAUCGACAGCAUGAUUGAAGAAUCAGACUCCACCCCUUCGCCCAACCCGGUCCACUAUGAGAAGAUGAGAAGUGUGCAUGAUCAAUCUGAGCAACCCUUCAUCACAUCUGCAGCCCCGUUCACGUCUCCCAGCAUGAUCCGUUCACCUGCAGGGGCGGAGAUCAGCUUCAGCAGCUGGCUGGAGGACUGUGCAGCAACAGACACGGGCAGUGUGACAUGCAGUGAGGAUUACUGCACACUCUCUCACAUAAACACUGAACAGGCAAACAAGUAGCGGUGCGUCAUAUAAAUUCUACACUCUCUGCUCCUUUUAUCACCUCUGCACUUAUACUCAAUUCUAUUUGGCACUUUAUCACUAUUAAAAAAAAAACAACAACAAAAACGCAAGCAUCUCAAAUGUUAACAGGAGAGGGCAAAAACGUUCUUAAAUUUGAAUGUAAUGUAAAGAAUAAUAUAUAAUAAUAUAUAUAUAUAUAUAUAUAUAUAUAGCAGAACCAAUAUGUGAACGUUCUUGCAUUCCAACCUAAUAUAGUGUUCCUAAACCCCAAGCGACCACCCCCACCCACCACAAAGAACCUUUAGGUUGCUUCAAAAUACAGCUAUACAAUUUCAAAGCUGCACUAUUUGGAGACCUCUCUGGUGAAAAUGUGUAACUGCCACAAUACACUGUAAUGCGAGGUGUACUUUAGAACUCAAUGAACAGAUGAAUCUGAUGAGUGCAUGGAAAGAGUUUAGAAAGUGAACUUGGUGAAAUUCUGACUUCUGAGAAUGUAAGUUAAGGAACUACUAUUGUCAUUAUGACACCUACACAUUGAGACAGAUGCAUAAUAUGCAAAUACAAAAGACAGCGUCCAUUGAAAUCCACCAAAUCUGACCCAACACCUCUGACUUUUAAAUUAGUAACACUGCUUUAGUAUCUUAUGGAACCAGAAUAUUAAUGUAUAAUGAUUUACUAGAGGUUGUUAGUGUAGCAUGGCUAUUUGUGUAAUGCAUACUUUAACAUCAAUCAUUUUGUGGCUGAUUCUGUUUUCUUACAGCCAAAAGUUUAGAGAUAAAAAGCACACCAUACAAACUUGGCUUGAGUGUGUUUCUAGUGAGCUCAAACAAAGUAGCUGUCAAUAUGGACAACAGCACCUCUAAUACAUUUAUGAUGUCACUGAGUGCGAACAGCCAAUGAGCUGCUCCCCUUGCCAGUCAGUCAGCACUCAGUAGCAGUAAUGCCAGCAUCCUGCUGCCCAAAACCCAUUUGCUGUUAAAAACAGGAUAAGUGAUCAGAAAAUAUUUAAACCUUUUAGCUGUUUAGCUUAAUUCUCCUCCAUUCAUUUAGGACUCACUUGUGGGCGCCCUCUAGUGUUUUGCAGUCAUGUUUUUAAUAGUGUAUAAAAAGGGAAAGAGGAUGUGACCAGGCUCCUUUUAAAACGGUUCUCUCUCAGGCAGAAAGCAGGGUACACAUUCACUCACGCAGUCACACCUAGGGGCAGUUUAGCAUGUCCAAUUGCCCUGACUACAUGUCUUUGGACUGUAGAUGGUAACCACACAGACACAGGGAGAACAUGCAAACUUCACAAAGAAAGGACCCUAAGUAAGUAACUAAGUAAACAGAUGGCAACAAAUAAUAAAUUACCUUUGUGGGCAGUGUGUUUGUAGACAUUUAAAGCAUGUAACUUGACACUUAGAAGCUGAUGAUACUAUCAUCAAUCUGCUGGAGACCACACCAUACAGAAUUAGAUAAAUACAGUAACUGCAAACACUUAUCCAGCUCUGAACGUGGCACAACCAUCAACCAGCUAAAAAAAAAGAGAAAGGCAUAAAUUCUAAAAAUUGUCAGCAUAUUAACGUUAUUUUAUUUAUUUAUUUAUUUUUGCUUAUGUAUGCAAUGCAAGAGACUGAAGUCAUUUUUUUCAAUUACGAACUCUAGGUUUUAUGUGUAGGUCAACUAGCAAGCUGGUAUUGACCAGCAACCCAGCGCAGUGCAAAUUACUUACCUGGCUCAAAUUUAAUACGUCAUAAAACUGCAAAAUACGUAGAUUGACCAAAAUCAAAUUUAAAAACUGGCUGAUUGCCAAUUGUGUGUAUGCAGCAAAAAUAUGCUGAUUCCAAAUCCUAGUAAUGAGGUUCAUGCGGAGGUCCAGGUUAAGGUACCUUGGUUCAUCUAUGAGUGAUUGAAACUGAAAGAAUGACUCGGCAUGCGGUUGGAGGAGAGAAAUGAUGCAAACAAAGUAAUGAUGUUGAUAGGCCUCAAUAGAAAGACAACAUGAACAUGGAUCAAUUUUCAUUAUCUUGAAGACGCAGCUUUCUCAGAGUAUUUCUCAGAAUUUCACUGUGUAGGCUUUUAAUCAAUCAAAUCAAACUGUUCUAUCAUGGUGUAGAGAGGAACAGAAAUUGAGUAGGGAUAAUCCUAAAGGAACAGCUUGUGAAAAGUUUUCUGGAUGUAAAGAGUGUCA